AUGUCUGACAUCGGUCGCAAGGGACUCGGCGAGCAGGCCCAGGAGAAGAUCACCCCCGACUCACAGAAGUCAACCAUGGACAAGGCCGGCGAGAGCCUGUCCGGUGCCGGUGACCGCGUCGCCAGUGCCGUCCAGCCUGAGGGCCAGAAGUCCACCUCCCAGAAGGUCGGCGACACGACCCGCUCUGGCACCGACGACGCCUCCAAGGAGGGCAAGGGCAUGCUUGCGUCUGCCCAGGAGGGUCUCGGCAACGCUGCCAACUCUGUCUCUGACACCCUCAGCGGCGCUCAGAAGAAAUAG